AUGUGCGCAUGUUAGCAUACUUUUUUCGCCGACGCAAACGCUAAUAAUCGCAAAAGUCUCCUCCUUUCUUCUUCCUCCGAUGCCCUGUUUUCAUUCUUUCAAUCACCAAGCAAACCCACCAACAAAAAGUUCUCGAAACCCUUACAAAUUAUGAGCAAUCGUAUCGGUCUGCUCGAUCUAGAGAAGCAUUUCGCCUUCUACGGAGCCUAUCACAGCAAUCACAUCAAUAUAAUCAUCCACACUCUAUUGGUAUGGCCUAACGUCUUCGCAACUCUCCUUUUCCUCUACUCUACGUCACCGAUUCUAGAUCCCUCUCGAUUAGGGUUCAUCGAAUCGCUGACUUGUGGCGGUGUCCUGCGUUUGGACAUUGGGUUUUUCCUCACUGUGAUGUAUGCUAUCUUCUACCUCUGUUUGGAUAAGAAAUCUGGGUUUUUAGCUGCUCUGUUAUGUUUCUCUUGUUGGAUCGGCUCCAGCUUUCUCGCAGCUCGAAUAGGACAUUCCCUAACCUUCAAGGUCGGAGUAGCUUCUCAGCUCUUAUGUUGGAUCGGUCAGUUCCUCGGUCAUGGCGUGUUUGAGAAACGAGCUCCAGCGCUUCUAGACAAUCUAGUCCAAGCUUUUCUGAUGGGUCCGUUCUUCGUGUUGCUCGAGGUGCUGCAGUCUGUUUUUAGCUACGAGCCAUACCCUGGAUUCAAAGCACGUGUCAACUCCAAGAUAGAGAGUGAAAUCAAGGAAUGGAGAGAAAAGAAACAGAAGAAGAAGAUCACGUAAGCUCCGAUAUAGUCCGUGUGAUUCAGACAGAAAUGGCUGUUGUUUUGUUAAUGUAGAUAUAAACCAAGCACAAAGCAUAAGAUGAUGAUAAUCUGUAAUGAGGCCCAAGCCCGUGUAAGUCAUUGUAUAAGCUCGUUUUAUAAUUUCUGGACA